AUGCCCACACGCUAUCCCCGCAUCCCAAAUGUCAAAUCCACAAGCCUCUUCAAUCGAUCUCUCCCUUUACGCUCUCUGGUGCAAGUUACCGCAUCAGAGCCCCUGUUUAUUCCUCCUACCACGCUAAACAUACCCGCCGCAUUCUUCACGUCAAAGACUAAUAGCCUAGCCGGCUCACACAUCACCACCAACGCGCAAUUCUACAAGCGCAUAGCCUCCGAUAUGCAUACCGAUAUCCUACCCGUAGAUUCUCAGAAGCUGGGAGACAUCACGUUCAAGGAGUCGAAAGAUGAUUUGAUCGAUGAUUGGAGCAUACACUAUGCGGAAGGAAAAGCCUACGAGAGUUUGAAAAGAGCCGCGGACGAAGUCGUGAACACAGACACCCCUGUCGCAUUUCCAACAGAGACUGUUUAUGGCCUGGGAGCAGAUGCGACAAGAAGUUCAGCGGUGAAAGCUAUCUUCGCUGCAAAAGGAAGGCCUGCGGACAAUCCUCUCAUUGUACACGUUCAUUCGCUGCCGCAACUCCGAGCGCUGUUAUCUGGGAAACAAGAAACUAGCGAAGAAACUUUGAGAGUGGAGAAAGAUCCCAUCCCUGAGAUAUACAAGCCCCUGAUCGAGCGGUUCUGGCCUGGCCCAAUCACCAUUAUCCUACCAGCUCCCGGGCGAUCAACCCUUGCGCCAGAGGUCACAGCAGGUCUACCCACCUUUGGCGCUCGGAUGCCGCGCUCUAUUCUCGCACUGGCCCUCCUCCGCCUCUGCGGACGCCCUCUUGCCGCUCCCUCGGCGAAUGCCUCAACCCGACCUUCCCCUACCGCCGCUGAACAUGUAUACGACGAUCUGCAGGGAAGGAUACAUACUAUCGUAGACGGCGGGCCGUGCGAAGUUGGCGUGGAAAGCACAGUCGUAGACGGGUUGUCAAGUCCACCGACUAUCCUACGACCUGGCGGUGUCACGGUGGAGCAGCUAAGGCAAUGUCCAGGUUGGGAGAAUGUAGUAAUCGGGUACAAAGAUCAACAAGAGGGAGGAGCAAGUAAACCUAGGGCGCCGGGGAUGAAGUACAGACAUUAUAGUCCGAAGGCAGAAGUAAUCCUAUUCGAGGCAGGCGCGGGAAGGCCUGGAAUCGAGGAGACUGACACGAAAAAGACUAUUGGAAUUAUAAGAACAAAGAACUGGGAACCUGCGCUGGGUCUAAAUAUCGAAAGAAACAAGGCCGCGGGAAGGAAUGGACACGCGAAUGGCAUAUCACAAUACGCAAACACAUCGACCCCCGCGAUCACCCCUUCACGAUUGUCGAACCUCUUACGCUCCGUAGCUCAACAUCAGAUACCACACGCGGAACACUACACCUCGAGUUGUUCUGAUAUCUGGGACAUUGGCCUUGGUGCAGAAACAGAAGGUGUUGCAAGAGGUCUAUUUUCUGCGCUGAGGGAGCUCGAUAAAAAGGGCGUGGAAACGAUUUAUGUUGAGGGUAUCAGUGAUAAAGCCGGCGAUGAUAUCGCAGCUGCAGUCAUGAAUCGUCUCAGGAAAGCUGCUGAGAUCAGGACAUGA